UUUAAAAUAAUCUGCUCUCAUUGUUUUCAACCCAACACAAAGAGAAACCCGGGAACAUAUAUCAAUUCCAUUCUGCAGUUGGUUUUGACUAGUGGGAACAGAAACAGAAACAAAAUCUUGAUUUUUUGUUUUCCCUCUAAAAGAGCUUUACAGACAUAAACAGUCUUGUAGUCACGUUUUCCGUGCUUCCCGAAGCUGUUUCAAAAUGGUUAACGACACCAUCACUGGUACAAACGAGGCUGAACUUUCAGGUGAACUACACAUGGCGUUAAGAGUGUCCAUGGGAAUCAUUGCCGUAUUUUCUAUUUUGAGCAACGGCUUGUUAAUCGCGGUUUUCCUCCGCAACCGAAGUCUUUUGCGAAGCUCAUACAAUGUACUGAUCUUAAGCUUGGCUAUCACUGAUAUGACAACAGGAGUAGGCCUGAUUUUGACUCCAUCGUAUAUCGUAGGGAUCAACAACUUUCCAAUCCCAGGAGGCCUCGCUGGUGAACUGUUUUGCCGAAUAGUCGUGUCAUACUACCUCGUGUUUACCCUUGGCAUUGUUUCUGUCUAUACCAUCACCUGUUUAUCUCUUGAGAGAUGGUUUGCAGUGGCAAAGCCUGCUCGGUACAGAGCAGGUUUUAAAAGUUACAGAAUCUAUAUAAUAGUGGCAACUGUAUGGUUCAUAUCGUUUCUUUUUAACGCCCCUCACCUUUUCGAAAUGAAACUGGGGCCCGAAAAUCACUGUGAAUGGGUUUCCCUGACAAAGGGAGACGUUAGAAGAGGAGUUGCGCUGAUUGAGUUCUUAGGAAAGUUCUUCGUGCCACUCAUUGUCACGUGUUUGUCGUUUCUGAGUCUGUGGGUUAAAGUUCGAGAUUCACCAGCUCUGUUCCAAACAAAUAGAGGUAAAGCUGGUGUACGUCUACUGCGUAUGUGCGCAAUAACUGCAGUGGCUUUGGCAAUUUGUUGGUUUCCUAACCAAGUUUAUUACUUGUUGUUCAAGUUUGACAUUACCCAGAUGGAUACCGCUGCACACCAAGUGACAGUAGUUAUGUGCAUGGGAAAUUCCACCCUCAACCCCUUCAUAUACUGUGCAAUCAAUCCAUCUUACAGGAAACACUUUAUGAACUUUAUUUGUCCGUGGCGAUCGGGAUGUGGUGUCGCAGAGGUCGUAUCGGAUGAUAAGCGAGCUCAUACGAUGCGCAACAGUAACACGGCAUCAGGACAUGCGCAACACAGCUUUCCAGGGGCAAGAACGUCCCGCUGGGAUGACUACAAUUCACGGAGUGCUUCUGAAAUUUGCAUUUGACCAUUAACGUAGAGGAAUACUUUAAAGGAAGCAUAAAGAAUGCCAACUAUGAGCUGCGACCGGCAGCAGAAAGGUUCGCUAGUGAAUUGGAGACACCAAAGAUAUCCAACUGGGAAUAAGGAGACGAAAAGUAUACCUUCUACGAAAAAAAAAUAGUAAUAAUCGAAACUUUUCAUUUAGGUCUAGGUCUAACAUAACAUGACAAGUUUGUAAGAUUGUUUUGUGCCUGUCAAAUAAGGGAAACACCCAAGAAAGUGUAUUGGAGUAGAUGUUUGCUGCAUGGGUGUGAUAUGGUAAAUAAUGAUAACAAAGGAGAGAUUUUCCUGUGUACCCCUAAGUUUAAUAAAUGCUUCCAAAGUUAACGAAAA